ACGCGGCGACGCAUGCGCGGGGGGCGCCGGCCGGCAGUGCGCGGGGAUGAGCGGGCGAGGCGCGUCGCGGUAGCGGCAUGGCCGGCUCCUGACGCCGCCAUGGCCUCCACCAUGCAGCUGGAGUUCACGCAGGCGAUGACCGACUUCAAGACCAUGUUCCCCGAGAUGGACGAUGACGUCAUCGAGGCGGUGCUGCGCGCCAACCAGGGCGCCGUGGACGCCACCAUCGACCAGCUGCUGGCCAUGAGCACCGACAACCAGAACGAGCGGCUGCGGCAGGAGAUGGAGCGCACGGAGCAGCCCCGCGCCCCGCGCCCCCCCGCCGCCGCCGCCGCCGACCCAGACCCGGAGGACCCGUCGAUCCCGCUGUCGGUGCGGCGGCAGUGGGUGCCGCGCAUGCUGGGCACCCUCCCCCCCACCUUCCUCCGCCUGCCCGCCGGCGCCGCCGCGCGCGUGGACCUGAGCCUCGACAUGGACGACGAGAGGAUCGCCGCCUUCCUGCAGAACGAGGAGUUCAUGGCCGAGCUGCGCUGGAACCAGGAGUUCAUGGCGGCGCUGGACAGCGAGCAGGGCAACAGCAAGGCGCCGGAUGACGAAGCGGUGUUUAAAGAGAGAUUAAAGAAUAUGGGCAAAUUAUCGCGCAAAAAGUUCGCUCAACUAUCGCGGAUGUUCUCGCGGGGCGGCAGCGGGUCGCGCAAGGGCAGCGCGCGGACGCCGGCGCGGGGCGGGGCGCGGGGGGGGCCGCCCGACAGCCUGCUGCUGCAGGAGGAGCACAGUGAUGAUGACGAGCGCCCCGCCAAGUAGCCGCCCGCCCCCCGCGCCCCCCGCGUGCCCUGCCCGCUAUUAGUGACACCAACCUUAUAGGGGACACGGCACACUGGGGGGCGCGGAAUGAAGAUACGAAGAAGCUAUGGUACCUUCUACGGAUGAAGAGGAAAACUAAAGAUGGGAUACGACGAUGUCACCGGAGCUCUUUAUGUGUAGAAUACGCACCAUAGAGUAGCGGUUAAACUGGGCUACAGGCACCCAGUGGGCACCCAGCUAUAUUUAUAACUCCCUUGCUUUGUAUGACCCGGGGACACCAUCAUUACCAUUGUGCCCGCGCCUCCAACGUCUGUGAACUGUCGCGAGAUAAGCUAGGAUUUCCAAGAAAGGCUGAUAUGAUUAUGUGGUUGAAAGUUGUAUAGGAUAAUCCACCUUAUACUUACUUAGAUAGAAAUUGUAAAUAACAGUAAUAGUUGACAGGAUAAGUAGAUUGCUUUGUUUCAAUGACGAAUUUAGAUAUACCGUUAGUUAUUCGUAGGUAACAUUGUUUACUUUGCCUGAUGUGGCUCGUUUUGGAUUAGAACAUGCCCUGUCCUCCGAAUGAUGAUAGGUGUACGUAGUUAGAAUAGGUACAUCAUCAGUUUCCAACCAAAGUUUGCAGUGAACAUGAUCAUCGCUUUACCAAAUUGAUCUCAUUAUAGCAUUAGUAGAAACUUAUUUUUAGUUUUUUCCCCGUUUUUGAACUUCUUUGUUUAGAUGUUAAUUGAUACAAAUUAACGAUAUCUGUUUCGUUUUAAUGUUAUAUUGUGAAAAUAUAUUAUAUAUAUUAUGUAAUAAAAUUAUAAAUUAAAUUAGUUUCCUAUUUUUGCAUUGCUACGAAACAUUGUUUGAAAUAUUGUGAGCUCUUUUUUCAGGAGCGGAUUACAUUAAAUGCCGUUUGGAGAAUA